UCCAGCCCGGGAAAGAUGGCGGCCGCCGUUCUCAGCGGGCCCUCUGCGGGCUCCCCGGCGGGGGUUCCCGGCGGGGCCGGGGGUCUCUCGGCGAUGGGCUCCAGCUCGCGCCUUCGCCUGCUGCUGCUGGAGAGCGUUUCCGGGCUGCUGCAGCCGCGGACGGGGUCCACCGUUGCUCCCGUGCAUCUUCCAGUCCGCUCCGCCCCGCAUUUGCCCGGGCUCGUGUGCCUGUUGCGGCUGCAUGGAACGGUGGGCGGGGCCCAGAACCUUUCAGCAGUGGGGGCUUUGGUGAGUCUCAGCAAUGCACGGCUCGGUUCCAUCAAAACACGGUUUGAGGGCCUGUGUCUGCUGUCCCUGCUGGUAGGGGAGAGCUCCACGGAGAUGUUCCAGCAGCAUUGCGUCUCUUGGCUCCGGAGCAUUCAGCAGGUGUUGCAGUCCCAGGACCCACCCCCCACAAUGGAACUGGCUGUGGCUGUCUUGAAGGACCUGCUACGAUAUGCAGCCCAGCUUCCGGUGCUGUUCCGGGACAUCUCCAUAAACCACCUCCCUGGGCUUCUCACUUCCCUGCUGGGCCUCAGACCAGAGUGUGAGCAGUCGGCGCUGGAAGGAAUGAAGGCUUGUAUGACCUACUUCCCCCGAGCUUGUGGUUCUCUCAAAGGCAAGCUGGCCUCCUUUUUCCUUUCUCGUGUGGACGCCUUGAGCCCUCAGCUCCAGCAGUUGGCCUGUGAGUGCUAUUCCAAGCUGCCCUCGUUAGGGGCUGGCUUCUCCCAGGGACUGAAGCACACUGAGAGCUGGGAGCAAGAACUGCACAGUCUGCUGGCCUCACUGCACACCCUGCUGGGGGCCUUAUACGAGGGCGCCGAAACGGUUUCUGUGCCAAACGAAGACCCAGGCGUGGAGGCACUGCUUUCCCAGUCGGAAGAUGGCGACACCCAUGUCCUACUCCGUCUUCGGCAGAGGUUUUCAGGGCUGGCCCGCUGCCUGGGGCUCAUGCUCAGCUCUGAGUUUGGGGCUCCUGUGUCCGUGCCUGUGCAAGAAGUCCUGGAUGUCAUCUGCCGAACGCUCAGCGUCAGCAGCAAGAACAUCAGCUUGCUUGGGGACGGCCCCCUGCGGUUGCUGCUGCUGCCCUCUGUCCACCUGGAAGCCUUGGACCUGCUCUCUGCGCUCAUCCUUGCGUGUGGAAGCCGACUCUUGCGCUUUGGGGCACUGAUCAGCCGCCUGCUUCCCCAGGUCCUCAAUGCCUGGAGCGCUGGCCGGGAUUCCCUCUCUCCCGGCCAGGAGAGGCCUUACAGCACCAUCCGGACCAAGGUGUACGCGGUGCUAGAGUUGUGGGUGCAGGUUUGUGGGGCCUCGGCAGGGGUGCUGCAGGGAGGAGCGUCUGGAGAGACCCUGCUCACCCACCUGCUCAGCGACAUCGCCCCGCCAACAGAUGCCCUCAAGCUGCGCAGCCCCCGGGGGAGCCCUGAUGGGAGUUCACAGACUGGGAAGCCCAGUGCCCCCAAGAAGCUAAAGCUGGACGUGGGGGAGGCCGUGGCCCCGCCCAGCCACCGGAAGGGGGAUAACAAUGCCAACAGCGAUGUGUGCGCAGCCGCUCUGCGAGGCCUUAGCCGCACCAUCCUCAUGUGUGGGCCUCUCAUCAAGGAGGAGACGCACAGGAGGCUGCAUGAUCUAGUCCUGCCCCUGGUCAUGGGUGUCCAGCAGAGUGAGGUCCUGGGCAGCUCCCCGUACACCAGCUCCCGCUGCCGCCGUGAACUCUACCGCCUGCUGCUGGCCUUGCUGCUGGCUCCUUCUCCCCGCUGCCCACCUCCUCUGGCCUGCGCCCUGCAAGCUUUCUCCCUUGGCCAGCGAGAGGACAGCCUUGAGGUCUCCUCUUUCUGCUCAGAAGCGCUGGUGACCUGUGCUGCUCUGACUCACCCUCGCGUUCCUCCCCUGCAGUCCAUGGGCCCCACCUGCCUCACACCUGCCCCCGUCCCCCCUCCUGAGGCCCCAUCUCCCUUCAGGGCCCCACCCUUCCACCCCCCCGGCCCCAUGCCCUCAGCCGGCCCCAUGCCCUCAGCCGGCCCCGUGCCCUCAGCUGGCCCCGUGCCCUCAGCCGGCCCCGUGCCCUCUGCAGGCCCCUUGACCUCUGCGGGCCCUGUGCCCUCAGCACGCCCAGGACCCCCAGCCACAGCCAACCACUUAGGCCUGUCUGUCCCUGGCCUGGUGUCCGUCCCUCCCCGGCUCCUCCCUGGCCCUGAGAACCACCGGGCAGGCUCCCAUGAGGACCCUGUCCUUGCCCCCAGUGGGACUCCCCCACCUGCGGUGCCCCCAGAUGAAACGUUCGGGGGAAGAGUGCCCAGACCAGCCUUUGUGCACUAUGAUAAGGAGGAGGCGUCGGACGUGGAGAUCUCCUUGGAAAGCGACUCGGAUGACAGUGUGGUGAUCGUGCCUGAGGGGCUGCUGCCCCUGCCACCUCCGCCACCCUCGGGCACCACACCGCCCCCUGCGGCUCCCGCCGGGCCUCCCACAGCCUCCCCUCCAGUGCCGGCCAAGGAGGAACCUGAAGAGCUUCCUGCAGCCCCAGGCCCUCUCCCACCACCCCCGCCCCCACCGGUUCCUGGACCUGUGGCUCUCCCGCCUCCCCAGUUGGUCCCGGAAGGGCCUCCUGGAGGAGGAGGAGGAGGAGGAGGGGGGCCUCCCGCCCUGGAAGAGGAUUUGACGGUCAUUAACAUCAACAGCAGUGAUGAGGAGGAGGAGGAGGAGGAGGAAGAGGAGGAGGAAGAGGAGGAAGAAGAGGAGGAGGAGGAAGACUUCGAGGAAGAGGAAGAGGAUGAAGAAGAGUACUUUGAAGAGGAAGAAGAAGAGGAAGAAGAGUUUGAGGAGGAAUUUGAGGAAGAAGAAGGUGAAUUGGAGGAAGAAGAGGAGGAGGAGGAGGAGGAGGAGGAAGAAGAGUUGGAAGAGGUAGAAGAGUUGGAGUUCGGCUCAGCAGGAGGGGAGGUGGAAGAAGGGGGCCCUCCCCCGCCAGCCUUGCCUCCGGCUCUGCCCCCUCCGGAGUCUCCCAAGGUGCCGCCGGAGCCAGAGCCGGAGCCAGAGCCAGAACCUGGGCUGCUGUUGCAAGUGGAGGAGCCAGGGACCGAGGAGGAGCGAGAGGUGGAGGCGGCUCCCACCCUGGCCCCUGAGGGGCUGCCCUCCCAGGGGGAGGCGGAGAGGGAAGCCAGCAGCCCCGGGGUGGAGCCGCCUCCCCAGGCGCUUGUGGAGGAGGAGCCCUCCGCUCCCCCAGCCCUGCUGGAAGAGGAGACUGAGGGCGAGGGAGACAAGGUGCCCCAGCCCCCGGACACGUCCGCGGAAGGAGAGGUAGAGGCAGGCGCCGCUGAGCUCCCGGAAAAGGAGCAGGAUGACACAGCUGCCAUGCUGGCUGACUUCAUCGAUUGUCCCCCUGAUGACGAGAAGCCGCCGCCCGCCGCAGACCCCGACUCCUAGCCCUCUCUUACACCGCCCUCCUCGUUUCCAAUAAAGUUAUGCCCUUAGGCGCC